CCCCCAGUGAGUGUUAGAGAGAGAGAGAGAGAGCAGAGACCCCCAGUGAGUGUGUUAGAGAGAGAGAGCAGAGACCCCAGUGAGUGUGUGAGUGUGUUAGAGACUCUCUGCUGUUGACCAUGACCUCCAGCCCCUCUCUGCUCCUGCGCCUGGUCGCCAGCUCCUUCUCCAUCGCUGAGAAAGCGCAGAGCAUCAUCCACAAGGUGAUCCAGGAAGGUGACCUGGGCAUCGUGGAGAAGACUGCAGCCAAUGACCUACAAACAAAAGCCGAUCGGUUGGUCCAGAAAAGCAUCUGUUCUUCGCUGGCACGCAAGUUUCCUAAACUAACCAUCAUUGGAGAGGAGGAUUUGCCUACCGAAGAGUUGGAUGGAGAGUUAAUUGAAGCGGGUCACUCUGAAGAAAUUCUGAAGUACGUCUGUCCAGCUCAGUACAACAACAUUAAGGAAGAAGAGUUAGUGGUGUGGGUUGAUCCUGUUGAUGGUACAAAGGAGUAUACAGAAGGCCUCUUGGACCACGUGACUGUUCUUAUUGGUAUUGCUUACGGUGGGAAAGCAAUAGCUGGUGUUAUCAACCAACCGUAUUACAACUACCAGGCUGGGGCUGAUGCUGUGCUCGGUCGGACCAUUUGGGGGAUUGUGGGACUGGGAGCUUACGGAUUCCAACUGAAAGAGGUGCCAGAGGGAAAACGCAUCAUCACCACCACCCGCUCCCAUAGCAACCAGCUGGUAAACGACUGCAUCAGCGCCAUGAAUCCUGAUGAAGUGAUCCGGGUCGGAGGAGCUGGCAACAAGAUAAUACAGCUUAUUGAGGGAAAGGCUUCUGCCUAUGUAUUUGCCAGUCCAGGCUGCAAGAAAUGGGACACCUGUGCUCCAGAGGCUAUCCUUCAUGCUGUUUCAGGUAAACUGACCGACAUCCGCGGGAAUCCCUUCCAGUAUCAAAAAGAUGUGAAGCACAUGAACUCAGCAGGAGUCCUCGCAACUCUGAGGAAUUAUGACUACUACGCGAGUCGUGUUCCUGAUUCUGUUAAAGAGGCUCUUGUGCCUUGAAGGGUUCCACAGGCAAUGAAGAAAAUUAUUUCAGCAACUAGUAAAAUCACAUGUCCUUUUUCACCCCAUCACAAAAAUUAAAAACCUAUUCCUUCAUGAUAGGUAUGUAGAUUGCACCAUUUUCAUAUAAACUUCUAGCAAACUUGUUUGUUUUCUGACUUGCUCUCCUGAUUUGGGUGGUCUGUUAAAUUUUUAGUCUUUAUACUCGUGAAGAUACUUAGACAAAUGUGAACAUGUAUUUUUGCAUCUGAUUCCAUAAGAUGACCUUGUUAUAAGUGGCUGAAGAGAAGGAAAUGAGCUAAAUGCAUGGAGACGUGAUUAAUGCCUUUCUACACUGAAAGCAAAAUUUGUUCCACGCAAGUGUUUAAAAAGGAAUCUCGUGAUAUUCUUAACUUGGUUAUAGUUUCAAUGUUACUGUAUAAUCCAUAAAAGGUUUCUUCUUGCAUUCCCUAAUUUGGAAAUCGAGCUAAAUGUUUUUACACAUUUUUGUAUUGCAUUAAUAAAUUUGGGUCAAUCUCUUUUAAAAGGUUAAAAA